AGCGCAAGCCUCUCGUCACUCGCACUCCUAAGGAAAACUGGAAGAUACACUCAGGAUGGCUUCAGCGGUACGUGCUUUAUUAAUUUGCACACUGACAUGCAUAUUAAUGGUUGAAAUGGGAGACAGUAACUGAAAAGUUCUCUGAUGAAGGUUGAAAUGGGCCGGCCUUUUACCUUUCGCGCGUUUGGUUGAGUCUAUCCCGGGUGAGAAACGCGUCGCCAUCGAUGGGUCUUUGCUGAGCUGCUUAGUGGACCGUUGGAGGCCAGAGACCCACACGUUUCACUUCAGAUGGGGAGAGAUGGCUCCUACUCUGGAGGAUGUGUCACUUUUGCUGGGACUACCGUUGGCAGGUCAUGCCGUAGGACCGUUGGACGCACCGGCUGGUUGGGAGCGAGCUCUCACAGAACGUUUUCACGGUGUUUUUCCGGAUGCUCCCGAUCCGGUAUGGGAGCAUCACGGACCUAAGUAUGAGUGGUUGCUAAAUUUCCGGAUCCAGAACUUCCGGGCGCCCUUGACUGCGGAACAGAUCACUCGGAGCCUCGAGGCCUACUUACUGUGGCUUUUCGGCAAGGUGAUGUUCACGGAGAACCAUGUCACCACUAUCAGCGCCCUCUACAUCCCUAUGGCACUCGAGAUAGCGAGCGCUCAGACGGCGGAUCAGAUCAGACAGAGGAGUUGGGGUUCGGCGGUGUUAGCGGCUACAUACCGAGGUAUGUGCAACGGUUGCCAGCUUACAUCGAGAAAGCCAGCCCUUCUUGGAUGCCCUCUAUUCCUACAGCUGUGGUCGUGGGAGAGGUUCUCUAUAGGGCGACCAGAUGUACGGGUUCAUGAGCCUAUAGACGCCAUGUUUGAUGUUGAGGGCAUCGACAUGCCUACUUUCGGUCUGUGUUGGACUCGUCGCAAGAGACGCUUUGCUAGUGAUCAGACCAGGAAGGCGUACACAGCAUUGAACGAGCAGUUCGAUGCGUACACCGGGGUAAUCUGGCAGCCCUACACGGCAGCAGCCAUACAAGAGAGAUACCCUGCUGGUAUGUCUGUGCUAUGCACAAGGGACCGAGAUUACUGGAUGACAAAAUCGAAGAUCAUCUUCGAUGUCUUCGUCGAGGAGAUGGCACAACAGAGGGUUAUGAGGCAAUUUGGUCUUCUGCAGUUGGAGCUACCUCCCCCUAUAGAGAACCCGGUGCCAUCACACAUCCACAGGUAUUAACCAGUUUUUCAAUGUUGCAUUUUCUUUCAUAGUACUCCAUUCGAAGCUUUAGGUAAUUGUUGAACACACACCACAAUUUUAGGACGACAAGGAAGGGCAUGAACAGGACAACUGUUGAAUGGCUAGUUAGACUAGAGCCGUAUGUUAUAGAAUGGGAGACAGCAAACACAAAUCUAUGGCACGAGAAUCACAAUUUCGAUCUCGAUGAAUUCAAUCUCUAUUUGCGGUGCUACAUGACCGGAACACGGUUACGCAUUGUUGAGUACUCCCACCCAGAGGAGUUACCGGAUCCUACUCCGUCGGAUAUGUACCCGAGCUAUGAUACUUCGGGCUCUAGGCAGUACGCGGCUACCUUGACACGCGAACUGUACGAUGACGUGACCACCUUUGGACGAUCACUAUCGUCUGGACCUCUUCUUCAACAUCGUCCAGUAGUACAGCCCUUCUUGGAAAGAAUUCAAAAUAAGAUACGGACUGUGUACGAGGCUAUCACGUGCACCCGGAGAACCGAUGUUGUUCAGCACGAGCAGGAGCAGCCGCGUCACUCCAUGCAACGACAUCAACCACGUCCACGCCUAGCACAGCAGCCGACAACCAGGCCACCCCGUCCUGACCAACCUGGCAGUUCUACGUGGCACCCGCAGCACUAUGGUCCCACGUCGAGCUUCGUGUUUUCUCCACAGCCACAGCAGCACGGUCCCUCCAGUUUCGUGUUUCAGUCAGAGCAGACGUCACACCCAGCAGGGGCCUAUGGAUAUCAGGCGUCUAUGUCGGCAUCACAUGAUACGUGGGGGAGUGAUCAACAUCCCGAGGACAACAUACAGGCUCAGAUGUCGCAGCACACCCAGUGGAUGAACAUGUUUUCGACUCCUCCACCAGGCCCCACACAGGAUACACAGCAUGACCAGGGAGAGUCUGAGAUUCCUCCUCGUCACGUUAGGGCACCCGACAGGUUGGGAUGGUCCCCGAUUCCAGAUCCGCCUCCCCGCCAGGCCAGACGUCGUCACUGACGCUUCUAUGUAUCUGUAUCAGUAGAGACAUUACCAUCUAUUUCUGUGUAAGACUUAUGUCUAUUCUAUGUAUGAGACAAAUGAC